AUGGCGCCGUCUAUGAAGCACCAUGCCCUUACCAUACGGAAUCAUCGUCGCGCGAUAGCAAGCACGCCUAUAUCUGGUACCACAACUCCGACUUCGUCCGCCUACCCAUCAGCUUAUCCAUCCGAUGCUGAAGACAUUACUACUAUCACUUCUCGCAAAACCAAAAAAUCCUUUCCAUUUCUUUCCUUGCCUUCCGAACUUCGUACAAAGAUUUACACUCUGAUAUUCGCUCCUUUCCCCGAAGUUAUCGAUCUCGACCCUACAACCUUUUCCCUCAUUCAUCGUCAUAAACUAUUCUCACUAUUCCAUGUCUGCAAACAAAUAUACAAUGAAUCAUCGCACCACUUCUUUUCGACCUAUACCUUCCGCAUCUUUCCCAUCCAUCCAGGUCGAUAUUUCAAGACAAAGAAACCUCUACUCGCGCGUCUGCCAUCUCAUUAUCGCAACUCUAUCACUACACUUGAACUUCGUCUAGGUCCUGGCUGGAAUAGUCCGCCAAGAGGUUGGGUUGUAUCACCUUUACUUGGACUUUCCGAUUGCACAUCCGUUCGCGUUUUGAAAAUAUUCGUAGAAUGCGAUCCAUCGGAUGCGAUAUUCAAAGGUUUCAGAGUAGGCGAUGGAUUUUAUGAGGGCUUUUGCCAGGAAUUAUUAGAAGGGAUAUUCAUGGAUGUGAAGGGAAUUCAAACUGUUGAAUUUGAUGCCUUUCCUGGUGUGAAGAGGAGCGGAGAUAUGAUGAGUGGACUGCGAGAGGUUGUAGAGAGCCAUAAAAAGGUUGUGACAUGGGGCCCUGAAAGGGGUUGGGGAGUGGAAAAAUCUGGAGAGGGCAAAGAACGAAUUUGGCUGGAUGCUGUGCUUGUGCAUGGAGUUGGAAGAGCAAGAGUUGUUCCGGCAGGAGUAGAGGGUAUUGUGGCCUCAGCUUGA